AUGCCGAAUUACAUGAUGAUUGCAGUUUUCCUUUGUAAGACGAUUCAACAAAUAGAAAUCUUUAUAGACAGAAAAAUCCUUUCUUUACACAAUCCUGGAGUAAUGUCAAAUAAAUCAUUUGAUUACUCAAAGGAGUUAGAAAAGUAUUGUAAAGAUUCGAAUAUAAAAAGUUUUGAUUACUCGAAAUUUAGUAAACUCGAAAAAAUUGGACGCGGUGGGUUUGCAAUCGUGUAUUCGACCGUUUUCCUAGAAGAAAAGUAUGCGCUGAAAAGUCUGAACAAUAACCUGUCGCUCGAUUAUGAGCAAUUCAAACAAUUCGUGCGUGAGAAGAAAUUUAUUGACGCUACACUUUCAGAUUAUGCUGAUAUUUAUAUUAAAUGCUGUUCUUCUGAACUUGACCAGCGUCCAACACUAAAUGAAAUUUCAAAAAAGCUCGAAAAUCUAUCGGAGAAUACAACUGUUGAAUUUAUUAAAAAUUGCAUUAAUAAAAAUAAUCAGCAAACUGUGCAGCCAAUUCUAAAUUAUUUAGAACGAUUAGAUUCCUCUAAUAUUAUAACCGAAAAUAUAAACAUGGAAAAGCACCAUGAAGGUAAUCAAGAUGGUUCAGAAAAUAAUACGCAUUCAAAAAACGACACAGUCGAUGAAUUGAACGAACUUGAUGAAACUACUUCGAAUAAUAAUCUUGCAGCCUUAAAUGAGGCCAUGAAUUUAUUCACCCGAUCAUGCAAUAGUUCUGAAGAAGUAAUACAAAUACCAAUUAAAACCAUUAACGAAUUAUGGAGCUUCUUUGUCAUAUACUUCUUAAAUACGGGACUUUUAUGGGUAUUUCAACCGCGUUCACGUGACUUAGAGGGAUAUGAACAUCAUGAUGGACCAAAAUAUCAAUAUAAUUGGAUUGCUCUUCAUUGGUGA